AUGAAAUUCUCACGUGUUGCUAUACCUGGAGUCAAAAAUGUCAUAACUCUUUGUAGUGCUAAGGGUGGUGUUGGUAAAUCUACUUGCUCUGUUAAUGUGGCACUUGCGUUGAAAAACAUGGGAUGUAAUGUUGGAAUUGUAGAUGCAGAUAUCACUGGACCAUCUAUUCCAACUAUGAUGGGUGUAGACGCCUCGCAAGUGGAGACAUAUCGUGUGGCUGGAAGUGAUAGAUUUGCUCCACCGAUGAACUUUGGUGUAAAAGUAAUGAGUAUGGGACUUGUGGUUCCCUACGAUGAGGCUAUUGCUAUACGAGGACCGAUGGUAAAUAAAUACAUUCGGGCACUCUUAUUCCAAACAGACUGGGAUGAGCUGGACUAUCUCGUUAUUGAUAUGCCACCUGGAACAAAUGAUGUACACUUGACAAUAACACAAGAAGUGGUGUUAACAGGUGCCGUUAUUAUUUCUACACCACAAAAAGUAGCUUUAGUAGAUGUUCGACGUGGUAUUGACAUGUUUGCUGCUGUUAACACCCCAGUUUUAGGUAUCGUUGAAAAUAUGAGUUAUUUUUUAUGUUCUAAUUGCGGUGAAAAACACGAUUUAUUUGGUAUGGGUGGGGUUCAGAAAACCGCCGAAGAACUUGGAGUGCCGUUCCUUGGGGAGAUUCCCUUUGUGCAGCGUAUAAUGAAAGAAACAGAUGAUGGAUAUCCUCCUGCAUUGCGUGGGGAUUCCACAUUAGAGGCAGCUAAGCCUUUUUACACUCUCGCUCAACGCAUACAUUCCAUUGUGACAAAACUAAAAACCAAAGAAGGAGAAGGUGAACUCCCUGGACCGUCCAUUAUAUUUAACGGAUAA